CCCUGUACAACAGUUCUUGUAUCCUUCCUUUGGCAUAUUGUUAGGUCUCUUGUACUAUUGUCUUUGUGAACACACUCGUUUGUUCGGACUACCGUGUUUCGCUAAGUGGAGGGUUUAGCGGUACAACCAGCGCUUGUUGAUUUUUUCUCUCGCCGCACAAAACCACCUAUAGAUGCAUCUACUUACUUAGUAGACUGCUGGAUCCUGAUCGUCAAUCAUCCUCCUUCUCUCGAGGCGUUCAUUGUUGGAACAAUUUGCCUGCUCUGCCCAUCAUGGCUUUCAAAAACGGGCUGAGCGAACGCCUCGAUGAGCUGCGAUUCCCUUCCCCGCGCUCUCCUCCCUCCGAGUCGACUUAUAACCCCCUCUCGCCGGGGAGUUCGAACUUUGGGUCGGGCUUUUCACGACCAACUAGCGAUGUUCGCGCCAACCUGCAACGUCGAUUCACCACAGACUCGAGCAAGCUCUCGUCUUGGAACUUCUUGAACCAGGGGUCGACCCCGAUGCCCGACCCCCUGGACCUGCUGUCGUCGUUUGAGAAGAAACGACAGCAUAUUGAGUACAUGCGUGAACAAAAACGGCGUUUUGAAGAAGACAUGAAACUACUCGAUAUCCAGCACGAAAAGGAAAAGAUCGAGAUGGACAAGCUUGCACGCGAUCUUGCCAAAGCCGGUAUUGCUGGCCGCGCCAGUGAACCCACUACCCCUCCCGAGUAUCGUGAGCCGACUUUGUCUAGUGCAGGAAGAUCUGCACGCUUCCCACCUACUAGCGUGACUUCAUCUCCUGGCUUCUUCAGUGCUUUUGCUCCUUCCAACGUUACUUCUCCCCAAGCUCCUCAAUCUAACCAUUCGCACGCCCAAUCUGUGGACCGUUUUGUUGCUCACUCCCUUCCUGGGUCUCGCCGGAACUCUGAGAAGGACAGCUUUUUGUUCGAUACUAGCAUCGAUCCUUCAACUAUCCGCGGCUCAUCACACCGCAACUCGAUGCCUUCCAACAACCACUACAACCCAUAUCGACCCAACAUGAAUGGCCAUAUGAAUGGCCCCACCAAUGGCCACGCGAACGGCCACAUGAACGGCCACAUGAACGGCAAUACUAAUGGCAACACCAACGGUUACAUGAAUGGCCAUAAUGCUACUUCUGGCUUCGACUCAUUUUCGGCUGUGAAGCAUUUUUUCCAUGACGAUGACAGAUCAUUUGCCAAAGACGAACCCCGUCUGUCUACUCCCGAUAUCAAAGGCUAUAUCAGAAUGACUGAACCCGACGACAAGUUCCCAACUCUUCGCCGCGAGGGUACGAACAUGCUGGCGGCCAAUCCGGAUGCUCACGACCUGGCAAACUCUCGUACCUCGGGCCAUGAAACUUAUUCCUACCAUAACCGCAACCGCUCUUCCCACCAGAGCAUGCCCCAGAGCCUCACUGACAUCAUCCGCUUGGAUCGCCUGGGAGGUCAGACUGAGGACCACAGCUCUGCUCACCGCCACCAUGCUCGACACUCUCUUGAGGGUGGCUUGGUUUUCCCCAACGAGCGCUCUGACGAGUCUAUGACUCCCGUUCCCUCCCACAGCCGCCCCAGUGCCCGGGUGUCGUACUCGACCAAUGAUGUACCUACAGUCAGGGGCACAGGCUUCGAUGCCGCCAUUACUCCACCCAAGACCCAUGCUGACCACCUUCAUCACCGCAAUGCCAGCAACGUCAGCAACGUCAGCGUUGGGCGCAUUUCAAACGGUAUCCAUUCCCACCAGGCCCGAGGAUCUCCAGAAUCCCCGAACCACAACAACCAGUCUGGUCAAACGAUGCUGCAGGCAAGCGCUGCGCCUUUUGGGCCCCAGAUUACUUCGCCCAUGUCCAACAACGGCAUCAACGGUAUAAACGGCUCUGUUGCUCCCGUUGGAAUGCCAUUCCCCGCAUUCAACCAGGGCAUGCAGGCUUAUGGUGCCCAUCCCAGUCAAAUGAUGCCAAGUUACGCUGAACCAAACCCUUACGGUGCCUAUUCCAACCAUGCCAGCAAUGGCUAUCGUGCCAAUGAUGGUCCAAUCCGUGGUGGAAACAAUUUACGACGUGCAACUGAGGGAGAGGCCUCCCAGUACCAGAUUAGCCGAGAUCUUCCUCAGCAGAUCUCCCAGCAGAAUCGUUUCGAUGCCUCUCAGCAGAAUCGUUUCGACGGCCAGCAGCAGAAUCGCUUCAUCCACCCCCUUGAGCACUACAAGGGCGAGCUGUACAGUCUUUGCAAGGACCAGCACGGGUGCCGAUACUUGCAGCGAAAGCUGGAUGAUGAUAAUCCCGAGAACGUUCAGCUUAUCUUUAGUGAGACUUACAUGCAUGUGACCGACUUGAUGAUGGAUCCGUUUGGCAACUACCUUGUUCAGAAAUUGCUGGACCUGGCCAAUGAUGAGCAGCGCACUGUUCUGAUUGACAAUGCGGCCCCUCAGCUGGUCACCAUUGCGUUCAAUCAGCAUGGAACACGUGCGCUUCAGAAAAUGAUUGAGACCAUCUCUACCCAUGAGCAGACUCAGACUGUGAUCGAUGCACUUGCUGAUCACGUUGUUGAUCUGGUUAAGGACCUCAAUGGCAACCACGUCAUCCAGAAGUGCCUCAACCGUCUCCGUUCUGAGGAUGCUGAUUUCAUCUAUGAGGCUGUUGGCGGCGCGUGCAUCGUAGUCGGUACUCACCGCCAUGGAUGCUGCGUCCUGCAGCGCUGCAUUGACCAUGCAUCAGGUGCUCAGAAGGCACACCUGGUUUCUCAGAUCACCGACCACUCCUACAAACUUGUCCAGGACCCCUUCGGCAACUAUGUCGUCCAAUACAUCCUGGACCUUAAUGAGCCAAGCUUCACCACACCUAUCUGCCAGGGCUUCCUUGGCAACGUGAUCAAGUUGGCCAUGCAUAAGUUCAGCUCCAAUGUUGUUGAAAAAUGUUUGCGCACAUGCUCAAAGCCCGUCCGCCGUGAGAUGAUUGAUGAGAUGAUCAACAGCGAUAUGUUUGCAGACUGCCUGCGUCAUCAGUAUGGAAACUAUGUCAUCCAGACGGCUCUGGAUAAUGCGGAUCCGCAGACUUGCAAUCGCAUUAUCGAGGCUAUCCGUCCCGUCCUUCCUACUAUCCGUCAGACCCCGCAUGGGCGCCGCAUCGCCAGCAAGAUUCUUGUGGCUGAGACUCAUCUUCGCACGAACAGCGAACACACCUUGCGCGAGAUUAACAGCACCAACCAGCUUGCCAACCCCCGGCCCAAGAAGAGCGAGAUGGCCUCUAGUAUCAAUGAUUACGGUCUCCAGACCUUCCCGCCCACCCCUGCGUCGAGCUCUACUGCGAACACUCCCCCAGCGGAGGCAACGAGAACUCUUUGA